AUGCUGCAGAACAAGAAGGGCUGGUCCAUUAGUUCGCUUUUCCACAGGCGUCCAUUACCUUCGUCUGCAAAUGGUCGUCAUAUCCCCAUUGGGCUAAGUCAUCGACAACCCCUUCAAGAUGAGCGCCGCCGGAAACCAUACAUAUCCAACGCUAUCAAGACGUCAAAGUACAAUGUCUUCGACUUCCUACCGCGGCAAUUAUUGUACCAAUUCUCACGCUUGGCCAACGCCUACAUGUUGGCGAUAUCUAUACUGCAGGUGAUCCCUGGUUUCAGCACGACCGGCAGAUUCACUACCCUCAUUCCCUUACUUAUCUUCCUCUCCCUCAUCAUCGCCAAAGAAGGCUACUACGACUGGAAGAGACAUCGACAGGACGUGGCGGAGAACAACCGUGACGCUGUGGUUCUUCGAGAUGCUGCGUCAGGUACGAAGGGGUCGCUACCAAUGGGCGCGCAGUACUACGGCGGCUCCAACGCGACUGGGUUGCAAUGGAUGCGGUCGGCAUGGAGAGAUAUCAAAGUCGGGGACGUCAUUAUGCUCUCCAGAGAUGACGACGUCCCAGCUGACAUCGUGCUCCUUCAUGCGGAUGGCGAGAACGGGUUUGCCUACGUGGAUACGAUGGCUCUCGACGGCGAAACGAGCCUGAAGGCGAAACAGCGACCAUCGACGCUACCCGAUUGCAGCACCAUCGAAGGCAUCGCAACAUGUCCAGCGCACCUGACUACCGAGGAUCCCAAUGCAGAUCUGUACCGAUUCGAUAGCAAGCUGACAGUCGAUGACCUUACUCGCCCCUUGACGAUCAACGAAGUCAUUUACCGCGGCAGCACGAUUCGGAAUACCUCCUGCGUUGUUGGGGUUGUUAUCAAUACCGGCGAGGAGUGCAAGAUCAGGAUGAAUGCCAACAAGUCGACGAAACCGAAGCGGCCAGCGUUAGAGAGCGUGACCAACAAGAUUGUGGUUUUCCUCAUGAUGUACGUGCUACUCAGUUCGGCUAUUGCGACUGUGGCGUAUGUUGUCUGGAAGGACAAGCAAGAGCGGUUUGCAUGGUACCUCGAGAACACGUCAAUCCCGUUCCUCGACAUUUUUGCUGGCUUCAUCAUCAUGUUCAACAACGUGAUCCCAUUGUCUCUCUACGUGGGCCUCGAGGCUAUCAAGCUCGGCCAGAUGAAUCUCAUUGGUAAUGAUCUGGAUAUGUACCAUAAGGAGACGGAUACUACCGCUGGCGUCAACAACACCAAUAACUUGGACGACCUUGGUCAGAUCAGCUACGUUUUCAGCGACAAGACAGGCACUCUGACUGACAACAUCAUGAAGCUACGGCACAUCAAUAUCGCUGGCACGAGCUGGCUGCAUCGGAUGGACCUUGCAGCAGACUCAGACGAGUUUGGAGACCAAGCAGCGGAUCUUACAACCGACGAUAUGCUGGAGUACAUCCGAGCACGACCGAACUCUCCAUUUGCCACCAAGGCUAUGCGCUACAUUCUUGCGAUGGCGCUAUGUCAUACCUGUUUGCCUGAGAGGAAGGAGGAUGGAGAGAUGGACUUUCAGGCCUCUUCUCCGGAUGAGCUUGCUCUAGUCAGAGGUGCGCGAGAUCUGGGAUUCAUCGUCACGCAACGCUCAUCGCAGUCGGUCACUGUACAGAUGCCCCACGUAGACGGUAGCUCUUCUCAAACCAUCUACGAGAUCUUGGACGUUAUCGAGUUCAGCAGCAAGCGGAAGAGGAUGUCCAUCGUUGUUCGCUGCCCUGACGGCAGAUUGUGGCUCAUUUGCAAAGGCGCCGACAGCAUCAUCUUGCCUCGUCUUCGAUCUGCUCCGUCGGACAUGACAGGAGCCCCUAGCAGCAACGAGGAUGGUUUCAAGGGGGCGCGAACCAUCUCUGCUCGUUGGAGCACACAUAAGACACCUCAAUUUGAAGAGACUAUCGCCGAGUUGGGGGAUAUGGACGAUCGCUCGGAGUACAGUCAGCCGACAGCAAACAACGAAGACUCGUGGAUUCGUCUUCAGCCUCAGCCGCUCCGCGCCAAUGCGACGAGGUCAACAGCGGGACAACAAUCUCGGUUUCAAUUUUUGGAGAACCCUCAAUUACUAGAUGACGCUCAAAACAUUCGUCAAUGCUUUGCACGAAUUGACGAGUAUGCCACGGAGGGUCUGAGGACGCUCAUCUACGCCGGCAGAUUCCUGGAGCCAGCAGAAUACCACAACUGGAAGCAGCGCUAUCUUGAGGCAGAGACUAGUCUCGAGGAUAGGCAGCAGCGUAUCGAGGAUGUGAGCGAUCUACUCGAGCAGUCUUUUGACCUUGUUGGCGCAUCAGCUGUUGAGGACAAGUUGCAGAAGGGCGUUCCCGAGACCAUCGAGAAAUUGCGCCAGGCGAGGAUCAAGAUUUGGAUGCUUACCGGUGACAAGCGAGAAACCGCAAUCAACAUCGCACACUCCACGCGUAUUUGUGGCCCGGAUACAUCCCUUUUCGUCAUCGACGUGAAGGAAGGUGAUCUGGAACUGCAGCUGACGGGCAUCACAGAUGCAGUUCAGUAUCGCCUGGGACCGUCGUAUUCUGAUCCUUCGCGUGCGCACGCAGCGGUGGUCAUUGAUGGAGAGACUCUGACUUGCAUUGAAGAGCCCUCUGCAGUCCGUCUUCGCAAUCUCUUCGUCUCUCUCAUGACCAUGGUUGACUCGGUCAUCUGUUGUCGCGCUUCUCCUGCCCAGAAGGCUUUACUUGUCAACACAAUUCGCAAAGGCCCACCGAGCGAGGCUUCCGGAAUUUUUUCUUGGCUCAAACAGGGACCCAAGAAGCCCUUGACACUUGCGAUCGGCGACGGAGCCAACGACCUGGCCAUGAUCUCCGCAGCCAACGUCGGAGUUGGCAUCUCCGGUCGAGAGGGACAGCAAGCAGCUCGGGUUGCUGAUUUCAGCAUCUCUCAGUUCCGAUAUCUUUCGAAGUUGAUGUUGGUUCACGGUCGAUGGAACUAUUACCGCACGACCCGCUUCAUCCUUGCGACGUUUUGGAAAGAGACAUUUAUCUACUUCCCCCAGGCCCUGUUUCAGGAGCAGACCGGAGCAACCGGGACCAGUCUCUACGAACCAGGAAGUCUCACAUUCGUCAGCUUCUUCACGGCAGUGUGCAUUCUCGUCCUCGGAACUUGGGAGCAGGACCUCAAGUCGCGGACUUUGGCGACGAUCCCGGAAUUGUUCAGAUAUGGACAGAAUGGCGAGGGGCUGAACAUGGCGGUGUAUCUCGGAUGGGUUGGCAACGCCCUCAUCGCUGGCCUCGUUGUCUACGCCGGUUGUUGGGCUGGAUAUACCGAUUCAGAGAUGAUUGAUGACGACGGCCUCUACGCUCAAGGUCUUUUAACUUUCAUUGCUUGUGUCGUUUGGAUCAACAUCAAGCUUUUGAUCGUCGAGCUACAUCACAAGACGCAGAUUGCCUUCUGGGCCAUUUUCGGCAGCGUUGCUGGAGUGUGGGUCUAUGCUCUAAUCACUGCCGUCGCCUCCGGUCCCAGCUCAGGUCCAUACUCUAUUCGAAGCGGCUUGCUUCUUCUUUUCGGUCGUGAUCCAGCUUGGUGGUUCACCUUACUGCUGGUGCUGGGGGGAUUAAGCAUAAUGGAAAUGGCCACUCAAGCUCUAAAACAGAGUCAUGUCUUGCGGGCCUGGCUGUCUCGGUGCUGGUCUUCAGAACACAACUCGGAAAAGAAAGGAGGAGGAGUUCGCGAGGGUUUCAAAGACUGGGAGCCACGUUUGUGGCAGGAGAUGGAGAAGGAGCCGGGUGUGAUGGGUGUCCUCGCCCAGUUGCGCCGGCAGGAGCUCGUUGAAUAG